CAAUCAAAGCGGGUCAGCAAGGCUUUCCUGGCUUGACAGCUGUCACCGUGCGCCGAGGUCAAGGGGAAAGAAGCAUGGCUGCGCUGUUCAGGGGGUCCCGACACUUAUUGUUAAGGUGGAAUAAGCAUGUCGACUUGGCUCUCGUGUCAACGCGAUCCAUGGCCUCAAAGACACCAGUGGGGUUUAUUGGUCUGGGAAACAUGGGCAGUCCCAUGGCCAAAAACCUGUUAAAAAAUGGCUACCCCGUCAUUGCCACUGAUGUCUUCCCCGAGUCCCGCAAGGAGCUGCAGGACACAGGUGCCCAGGUAGUGGAUUCCCCAGCAGAGGUGGCAGAGAAAGCAGACCGCAUCAUCACAAUGUUACCCUCCAGUCCCAACGUCAUUGAAGUCUACACAGGUCCAAACGGCAUCCUUAAGAAGGUGAAGAAGGGCACGCUGUUGAUCGACUCCUCCACAAUCGAUCCUGCCGUCUCUAAAGAAAUGGCGGUGGCUGCAGAGAAGAUGGGUGCUGUAUUCAUGGAUGCCCCAGUGUCAGGAGGUGUUGGUGCUGCCAGCAUGGCCAAACUGACUUUCAUGGUUGGUGGAGUGGAGGAGGAAUACAACGCGGCGCAGGAGCUGCUCACCUGCAUGGGAGCCAAUGUUGUGUACUGCGGACAGGUUGGCUCUGGACAGGCAGCUAAGAUCUGCAACAACAUGCUGUUGGCCAUUGGGAUGAUUGGGACCGCAGAGACUAUGAACCUUGGCAUCAGACUGGGUUUGGACCCCAAGCUGUUGGCACAGAUCCUCAACAUGUCCUCAGGCCGUUGCUGGUCCAGCGACACAUACAACCCUGUCCCCGGAGUGAUGGAAGGAGUCCCCUCUGCCAACAACUACCAGGGCGGCUUUGGAACCACACUCAUGGCCAAGGAUCUUGGUUUAGCCCAGAACACUGCCACCAACACUAAGACCCCCAUCCCUCUGGGUUCCCUCGCCCACCAGAUAUUCCGAGUCAUGUGCUCUCGCGGCUACGCUAACAAGGAUUUCUCAUCCGUCUUCCAGUUCCUGCGCGAGGAGGAAGGACAGUGAACGGAGGGGGGAGCUUAUUUGACUCCGUUGUUACAAUACACAAAUCCACCUACACAUGAGAACCGCACACCCCAGUGCUCCUUAUCCCACUAUGCUCAGGAGAGACUAAGGCCUUGCCCUCAGGCACAGAUCUGGGGUCCAAUUAACAUACUGUAUGUCGACACAUGUCUCCUCGUUGCAUUAGCUGAAUCAUAUUUUCAUUUCAUGCCGCUCCUUCUACAUGAGGAAAAUGCUAAAACUGACCUUAGAUCAGUAUCUAGAGACUCACUUCCCGGUUUUUAUUGAGAGGCCUGGGCCAGGUAAAUGAGAGGUGGGAUAAAGCACUGCAGGUUUACUUGAAACAAUCCAACUAAUGUGUUUUCAGGAUAAAAAAUAUUAUAAAAUACUAAAAUGUACCUUUUGUCAGAUUUGUGCAAUUUGUCUGUUACCUAAAUUACCUGAGCCUUCCCUAGUUAAAUUAUAGAGGACAGUAAAACAACAGUAAGAAAUUUAAUUGAAGAGAGAGCUGUGGUUACACUAUCCUUGUGCUUAUUUUUACAUUCCCAGCUCUGCAUGUAAGGUUUUCAAAACUGGCUCCAGUUUAAGCUCAUAUUUACUUAUUUCAUUCCAUUUGUCUGUUUUUGGCAGGAAGGUGGUAUUAUUCAGCCACCUCACUGUCUUCUGGUCGAUACAUGCUUUCAUUUUUUCAGUCAUAUGUUGAAUCCACUUUUUACCUUGUGAAUACACUAUAGUUACAUCUGUUUUGGUUCUUUGUUUUCACUCACUGGAUCAGCCAGUUCUGCUCGACUCUACUGUGAGAUAAAUACUUGGUUAUUUUUGUACCACGUGCGUCGCAGUGCGAUGUGCUGGGCUGUUUUGAUACUGUUACAGAAUCUAUUUGAACUUACCUCUUUUCUCUACUGUCUACAACUGCUUAUCGAGCCACUUAGUAUUAUUUUCUGACCGGCACUGUUUCAAUUUUAUACCGUUCGGGACAAAAUGUUCUCAGCACCCUUUCCUGUCUCUUUUGUCCUCCUCUGUACAUAAUGUAUAUUUCAUUUGAUUAGGUAGAAUUGAAAAGGAAACUGAAUGGACUGUCUUUUUUUUUUUUUUUUUUGUUAGGAAAAUGUAAUAAUAGCGUCUACAGUUUGUGUUUGUUCUGUGAAGCCGUUCUUCAGCCACACUGUAGCCUAUAAUAAAAGAUGUUCUGUGUA